AUGUUCCGCGGCAUGGCUUCCAGGCUCACCCUCGGCUCCAGCGUCAAGCUCAACUCGGGAUAUGAGCUGCCUCGGCUCGGCUUCGGAGUCUACCAAACGCCCAAGGAGCAGGUGACCGACGUGGGCAAGGAAGCGCUGCGAAUCGGCUACCGCCACAUCGACUCUGCGUCGGCGUACCGCAACCAAGGCCCGGCCGCGGCCGCCAUCGCCGUGUCGGGUGUCCCCCGAUCCGAAGUCUUCUUCACGACCAAGGUGCCGGUGCGUGAGUACCCGCUGAGCUACGAGAACACGCACAAGCUCGUCGACGUGGCCCUCGCCGAGACGCAGCUCGGCUACCUCGACCUCGUGCUCAUCCACGCGCCGUACGGCGGAGCCGAGAACCGCAAGGGCGCCUGGCGUGCCCUCGUCGAGGCCGUCGAGGCCGGCAAGGUGCGCUCCAUCGGCGUCUCCAACUACGGGGUGCACCAUCUCGACGAGCUCGAGGCCUACAUGGCCGAGCUCGAAGGCCAGCGCGGCAAAGGGAAAGGCGGCAUCCUCUCCGUCGGCCAGUGGGAGGUGCACCCCUGGCUCCUGCGCGACGACAUCGUGACGUGGUGCCGUGCCCGCAACGUCGCCGUCGAGGCCUACUGUCCCAUCGUCCGGGGCGAGCGCUUCGGUGACCCUCGGGUGAAGGCCAUCGCCGACAAGUACGGCAAGACCGAGGCCCAAAUCUUGCUGCGAUGGAGCUUGCAAAGGGGCUUGGUGCCGCUCGUCAAGAGCGCCACGCCGUCGCGAAUUGCCGAGAACGCCGGCCUGUACGACUUUGAGUUGACCGAAGAGGAGGUGAAGGGCCUUGCGACCGACGAGUACAGUCCCUGUGCCUGGGAUCCUACCGUCGAGCCUCUGGAGAAGUAG